CUCCAGGAUCCUGCUGUGACAUUGUCCAGUAAAAACUGCAUAAUGAGAAACUGCAGAUUAUGUAUUAGUUGUAGGGGGAAGAGGAAACUUGUUAGUUCUCUAUGAGGCACUGUGGUGCUGUUGCUGUUCAGUCACACCUUUCAAGCACCGGCAAGAGUUUCUGUUAAAAACGUCUCUCAUUCUCUGCCUUGAAACGAGUACGGCAAUUCACGAAUAUUAAGUAUGGAGGAAGAACUGAAUUAUGCUACGGUGGUUUUCAAAAAUGGUGGUAGACCAUCGGAAGAGAAAAACGAGGACUCUACAAUUUAUUCUACGGUAAAAUCUAGAGUGCCGGUUACAACUGUACCAGCAGAUGGUGAAGCCCCUGCAAACUUUCAGCACUUCCGUCUGCUGGUGGUGUGCUUGGGGAUACUCUGCGUCCUCCUCGUGGCGAGCAUCAGCGCUAUCGUCUACACAGUCUGUGUGGUCAUGAACGAACAGAGAGCUUUCGCAGCAAAUCUCAGCCACCUGAAAAAAGAGAACGAGCAGCUGGUCAUGGAGAGAAGCAUCUUAGAGAACAGGACUGAGGAGCUGACGAGAGUCAGAGAUGAUCUCAACUGGACACUCGAAGUCAUCAUGAAAUUUGACAGCUUUCCAGUGACUGACUUCUGCCCUGACAAAAAGUGUCAGCCAUGUCAGAAAGGAUGGAUUUUGUUCCAGGAAAAUUGCUACCUGUUUUAUGAAUCUGUCUAUUAUUGGAGGACAUGGCAAGAUAGCCAAAAGUUUUGCCAAAGCAAGGCUGCAAAUCUGGUUGUUAUUGAUAGUUCACAGGAACAGGAAUUCAUCACUAAUCACAGUAAGUUUUACUAUGACAUGUUUCAUGGAUACUGGUUCGGAUUACAUCAAAAUGCUGAAGAAGACUGGAUCUGGGUUGAUGGACGCAACGACACUGUAUGGUACUGGAUGAAGGAGGAAUUUGCUGACAGUGGUCAAUGUGCAAUGAUCAUCCCCUUUGUGAACCCUACAGCCAACUGGGACACAGUAAACUGCUUAAUGAGGAACAAAUUUAUCUGUGAAAGUGGAGUCCUGAUAAGGACUCCAGUUACAUAGCUUAAUGAUUAUUUUCCCAGCUUUUGAAAAUGAGAAAACUCAAGACACAUAAAACGAUAAUGGAUACAUUUUGUUCCCCAAAUGACCUAAGCAUUUUAAGUAUGCAAGUGUUCAUGAUUCUAUUGUUUUAUAAUGUAGUGUGUGUUACAAGCUACUGUGUCAGAGGUCUUUUAGGACAGAUAUCUAGUUGGACUGAAGGUGUGAAAAGUGUAAACUCGAGAAACGAUGGUCUGAUUUCCACUGGAGGUAAUGACUCACAAUACAUACAAAAACAAAUGCAGCCCUGCGAGCACUGAUUUGUUGCAAUGGGAGUUGAAGAAUCGACUCAUCUGUCAAUGUCAUUAUCUUUUAAUUUAAUUUACAUCAUAGCCAAAUAUCAAUUGUAUCAAUGUAUCAUCACUGAUUUAAGAUUUUAAUUUUUUGAUUUGAUGCAGAUUCUAAAUCCUUACAGCAAGUAGACUUUUACACACCAACAUCAAAAAAUAUUGCUAAAUUGUUGCAGCAAACAUCUGUUCCUGUGUCUGAUAUGUUGCAAGUUGUGCACUGGAAACUGUUGAAAUUUGUGUUUUGCGCAGUGUCGGCUGACAAGUGUCGUUCGGCUGAGUGACGACGUUAUUUCCUCUUUUUCUGGGCUCAUUUUCUAACAUCAUUGUAUGCGUUUUAUUUUGAUUUUUCCAUCACUUAUGUUGUAUCAUAGUACGAUUUCCUAAUUUUUCAUGGCAUGAGACGUUUCUUAGUUUCUCUCUGGAUUUGAGCCGCAUCAUAUAUUGUAUAUCACAUGCACACAGUCCCAAAGCCGUCACAGUCUGCGUUGCCAGUGAUCUUAAAUCUACAAAUGUAUCAUGCAAUACGGUUAGUCACAUUUGAGUCCAUCCGUUGAAAGACUGUUGACACACGACCUUGUGUCCUGCUUGUCACAACCGUCAUUGUGUCUCCAUCUCUACAGAGUAUGAUCAAAGAGUUUCUGGUAUCGGAAAAUACAUUUUAAUGUGAAUGUGUAGCUGCAGCAGAGAAAAUACAUCUGGCAAUCAAGAUUGUGAUAGCUGGAUUAUGAACUGAUGGAUCCAUUAAAGGGCUUAGUUUCACAGAC